CUCUCUUUAUCAAGAACCUUUCCCAUCGAACGUACCACAUUUUACAAUCCGAGACGCUUCUCGCCAUAUACCUAAGGUACUGACCAGCUGAAUACCUAGCAAUGAAGCUCGUAGUCGCCGGAUCCACCGGCUUCGUGGCUACCGAAGUCAUCCGUCAAGCCCUGUCAAACCCAUCCAUCACAUCCGUCGUUGCCCUCGGUCGUCGCCCAGCGCCGGAACCGCAAAGCACUGGGUCGCGCGCCGACUUGACCAAGCUUAGGUCCGUUACUGUGGAUGACCUUGGCGAAGAGUACCCGGACCAUGUCAAGAAAGAGCUGUCCGGUGCCGAUGCUUGCAUUUGGACAAUUGCCAUCACGCCAUCAAAGUCGAAACUGUUUUCAUGGGAGCAGACGAUUAAAGUUUGCCGUGACUAUGCCAUCAGGGGCAUCGAGACUAUCUCGCAGUUGGUCCACGAGAGCCAGAAGGAUAAGCCGUUUCGCUUUGUCUACAUCAGCGGCGACAGGGCGGAAAGAGAUCCGAAGAAGAAGCCUUGGAUACUAGGCGAUUACUGUCUGAUGCGGGGUGAGGCCGAAGAACGCAUCCUUGAAUACGCACAACGCUCCGAUGGCGCUGUUGAGGCCUGCACAGCCAAACCUGGUCUGAUCAGUGGCCCCGGCAAGCCGGCAACAUUGGUCACGCAGGUGUUCACUUCCGUUAUCGGCCUCCCAAGGAUUCAAGUCAGCGAGAUAGCUGCGGCCCUCCUUGACCAGGUUGUAAGUGGGUUUGAGAAGGACACACUUCGCAACGAGGACUUGGUGAGAAUCGGGCAGAAGACUCUGGCAGCGCAACAGGAGUAGUACCUGACGAUAGCAAAGGUGUCUAGGCAAGGUAGCUAGCCUCAUACCGUGUCAAUUUAAAAUCAGCUCUUUACCUGAGAAUACAGUCUGUUCAGAUGAAGGUGGUUGGGGA